AUGCCACCUCUCAGCGAUCCCUUUCGAAACGCCUCCGAUCAGCCAUGGACCCCAGCCUACGCAUUCACGGAGAUGGAAUUCACGCUUCGGUAUUUCGAGGUCAUGAAUUUCUUUACGAGCCGCAGGUCGGACUGUCCCUUGACCUCUAGGCUGCUUGUGGUCAAGUUUCUACGCACGGAUGAUGAUGGCAUCUAUGGAAAGCUCAUCUUGGAUCAUGAUCGCGUGAAGAAGAAUGUGGGCGGGAAGUCGAUUCUUGUUCAGACCUGCACAACUGAAAAGGAGAGGCAAAAUAGACACAACAGCAGGGAUUCGCUGGUGGUCACCCACCCAACUACUAACCUGCCGGCGUGUGGCUUAAACACAGCCAGAAGGCGGGCGGCUGCCGCCCGGCCCCCGGGUGAGCUAGCGGAUGAGGCCGCUUUACCGUCGCGUGACCAAGGUGAGCUGGGGGGUGAGAAGGGCUGCUUCGUCAACGGAGUUGUGAUUGGGGAUCGAUUUGACCGGUUCGAGGCACCGCGAGACAAAGAGGAUAAACUCUGCCCCAGACUCUUCCAGGAGUACUAUCUACUACCCAACCCGAACAUGUUUGCAACCCUGCGUUUCGGCAAAACACAAGAACCGGUCUAUGUCGAGAGUCGACCAUAUCACUCGGGGCAACCUUAUCAGUUUUCCGGUCAUCAGCGGUCCGCCUGUAAUGCGUGUCGGGAGAAAAAGCUGAAAUGUACGGGGCAUAAGGAGGGCUGCGACCGCUGCCGAUCUAAACAGAUCGCCUGCACAUAUCUGCCCUUCAAACAGGACCGACCAAAACCGCGAGGAUCACGGCCAGCUUCUGUUAUCCACAGCAGUCCUCCCCCGGCCAUGACUCCCCGAUCGGAGGCAGAUGAUCGUACCAGAAAGCGCAAGGAAGUUGACACCGCAAAGGUAUCACUAGCAAUAGAUAACGGCUUGCCGGGGACUCCACCGCAAUCCGAUCUCGCGGGCCUUACCGAUAUCCAGAACAAAAUGUCAGCGUACAGGGAAGAACGGUCUUCCUUGAGCCCGCAGGAAGACCGAUUCCCCUUUCUCCGAUCGGACUGUCUCCCAUCCUUCGGGUCCCCCGAGGAUGAAAGGGACAAUCCGCUCACGCUCGAGGAUUCGUUGCCUACUCAGCAGGUGGCGACACCAAGUAGGUUUAUGAUGCUGGACAUGGUGAACUUUGAUUCCGUUCUGAGUGGUAUGCCCCUUGGCUCUGGCGCGGUGGACUGUCUUGAUCCACUUGCACCGUCCAAGCCAGAGGCUCACAGCAUCGCGGCCCUCUCGUUUGACGACGAGAACGAUGUUUCCUCAGGAGUUUCAGGGUGUCCAACCCCUUUGGUGGCCCAAGUGGUAGACCGGUCCCUCGAUCCAUUGUGCGCGGAUGCCCCCGCCGUUCCGCAGGACAUCCUGCCGAAUUCGGCAGCCCACUCACCCCGGGGGGUCUGGGACACUUUCGCGCCAGCGAAUCCAACGCCCCCGAUGCCCUGUGCAUGUACGCAGAAUGUGCUUGAGCUGCAUAAUGAGGUAGAGAAGACAAGAUGGGCGGGAACAAGCUCCAUGUCGCUGGGGGACAGUCUGGUGUUCCAGAGAGUCCUCCUCCGCAAGGGUUCCAAGAUCCUGGCCUGCGAGAACUGCACCCGUUCCUCGGCGAUCGCCAUGCUGCUGAUCACGAUCUGCGAUCAUCUGCUACAUCUGUCCCGAGGCAUGUCGACGCGACUAUGGAACUGGUUCAUGCAUCGGCCACCGUCGCAUCCACGGCGGGGCACCGGCUUCCCGAAUGUGGAAGUCGGCAUGGACCGCGGCCAUAGCCGGAAAGGAAAACUCAACACCUGCCAGACAAUCUCCAUUGGUACGUACAGUGUAGAGGACCGUAUUGAGCAAGUAUUGCUCAUUUCGAAGGCGAUCGAGUAUCAAGUCCGGAUGCUCUUCACCUUCUUGACUCGCCUCAGAAAAAACGCAACGUGUGCGAACUGGAACGAGCAUCUCACCCGGAUUCAGGCCUUGAGUGCUCGGACACAAGAUCAGAUCGUCCACCUGCGAGACUCGUCUGCGAGCGUGGUCAAUGAUAUUUCGGAUAUUUCCCACUCAACCUGCUUGAGGAACAGUUCAAUGGCUUAUUAA